GUUCGAUCUCUCUCUCUCUCUCUCUGUCUAGCCUCAGCUCCUGUUUUUUUAGGUGUGGUCGCCAUUUUAGAAUCAGAACGAUUUCUCUCUCAUCAAACAAACGCCGAAACGCUCCGAUCCGCCGACCCGUUCCUCUUCUGCCGACUUGAUCGCAUCCGUCCGUCCAUCGGAUUGUGAUGGGCUGCUAGAGGAGCCGUAUCCAGCACCGCCGGGCAGCGAGAUUGAAAUCUAAGAACUAGGGUUUCGGAGAUUCUAAUUCUUCCUAUUGAUUUUCCCCCUCAAUUGACUGGGAUUCGGCUAUAGAAGCCCUCCCCCAUGAGCCUUAAUCGCUCUACCAAGGAUAUGUCCGCCCGUCUACCGCCGCCAGAUCAGAAUUCCCUCCAAUCUGCUCAGUCCAGUAAUUCUGCCCAAAGUAGUAGAAAAAACGCUCUUCGGCUGUUAGUGCAGAGGGAGAUAUGCCCCAGAGGGAAGCAUGUUCCCAAGAAGGGAUGGGGAGAGGCUUCUCAUGUGAAUGUCAAUUCACCAUCUGAGGCUAAAAGUGAACCAGCAAGAGAUCCCAAACGAGGUCUUAUUUCAUGGGUUGAGGCAGAAUCACUUCGACAUCUAUCGGCCAAAUAUUGUCCCCUGAUGCCACCUCCAAGGUCUACCAUUGCCGCUGCAUUUAGUCCGGAUGGGAAAACACUUGCUUCCACGCACGGUGACCACACUGUCAAGAUUAUUGAUUGCCAAACUGGGAAGUGCUUGAAGGUAUUGAGUGGUCAUCGGAGAACUCCUUGGGUGGUUAGGUUUCAUCCCCUCCACCCGGAGAUUCUUGCCAGUGGUAGCUUGGAUUAUGAAGUACGUUUGUGGGAUGCUAAUACUGCAGAAUGUGUUGGAUCUCGUGAUUUUAAUCGCCCUAUUGCUUCCAUUGCUUUCCAUGCUGAGGGUCAAUUGCUGGCUGUUGCAUCAGGGCACAAGUUGUACAUAUGGCAUUACAAUAAGAGAGGGGAGGCGUCUUCACCUACCGUUGUUUUGAGGACAAAACGUUCUCUUCGUGCAGUGCAUUUUCACCCUCACGCUGCCCCGUUUCUCUUGACGGCAGAGGUCAAUGAUCUCGACUCCUCAGAUUCUACAAUGUCACGGGCAACAUCUCCAGGCUAUCUGAGAUAUCCACCUCCUGCUGUUUUUGUGGCAAAUGUUCAGUCCAGUGAGCGUGUAAAUGUUGCUGCUGAACUACCUUUGAUGUCCCUACCUUUACUAGUCAUGCCUUCAAUCCCUGUAGAUGAUACUAGAGUAAAUGAUAAUAGAGAUGUUAGUUCAAGUUCAAGCUCAAUGCAAGUGGAGUCUUCUAUGCGUAUGCAGAUACAAACGGAAACAACUGCACCUAUGGAGACACAUUCGGACAUUGUUGCAGGCUCAUGCCCAGCCAUAAGCAGUGCAGCCAGUAACUAUUUUCAUACUGGAGCUCGUACUCCUGGCAUAGCUGAAGAUGCCAUGGACACAGAUGAACCACCACAUAUGAGGCCAAACCAUCAAGAAAUAAAUGCUUUCAGUGAAGGUAAUAGUACAGCUGAUGGAGGCCCUAGGCAUGGCUCAAUUCGGCAGCAGUCGACAGAGUUUGGCCAAGUUCACCAGCUUUUGCCACCACGAGAUCCGGUUUGGUGGGAGGUACCCUUUUUGCAAGGAUGGUUAAUGGGUCAAAGCCAAGCUGGUCUUCCUUCGAUACUUCCGCUAAAUGGUGUUGCCAGUGAACACAAUGUUCAGCUUUCAGGUCUUCCCUCUGUGGCACCUCAUUUCUCUAGUUCCAGUGCGGAGGCUGCGGUAGCAUCUUUGGCACUGUCUGGUAGUUCCUUUUUAUCUGGGGGUUCUGGGAGAUCUGGUCUGCGGUAUCACAUUUCACGCUCUCGCUUCUUAGAACCCGAAUCUGGUGAAGUUGUGGGUCUUCUCAAUACGCAAAAUGAUAUUGAUGCUCAGCCACUUAUAAACAGAAUUCAGUCUGAACUGGCAACAACAGCUGCAGCUGCUGCAGAACUACCUUGUACAGUGAGGCUGAGAGUGUGGUCACAUGAUAUACAAAAUCCAUGUUCACAAUUAAAUGCUGAAACAUGCCGCUUAACCAUACCACAUGCUGUUCUUUGUAGUGAAAUGGGUGCGCACUUUUCGCCUUGUGGAAGAUAUUUAGCUGCCUGUGUUGCAUGCACCCUUCCACAAAUGGAAGCUGAUCCUGGAUUACAAGCAUUAGUGCAUCAUGAUGCUGGGGUUGCAACGUCUCCUACUAGACACCCAAUCUCUGCACAUCAAGUUAUGUAUGAGCUUCGUAUAUAUUCCUUGGAGGAAGCAACCUUUGGCUCAGUGCUUGUUUCCCGUGCAAUUAGAGCUGCACACUGUUUGACUUCUAUACAGUUCUCUCCGACGUCUGAGCACAUAUUACUGGCUUAUGGGCGACGUCAUGGGUCUCUUCUUAAGAGCGUUGUUAUUGACGGGGAGACAACAUCACUCAUUUACACGGUUUUAGAGGUCUACCGAGUUUCAGAUAUGGAACUUGUCAGAGUACUUCCUAGUGCAGAGGACGAGGUUAAUGUUGCUUGCUUUCAUCCAUUUGCCGGGGGAGGUCUAGUCUAUGGAACCAAGGAGGGACGACUUAGGGUCUUGCAGUAUGACAGUGCUCAUGGGUCAAAUUGCUCGACACUGAACUAUGUCGCUGAGAACUUGGCUGAGGUAGACUAAUGCAAAGGUUGGGACGUAUGCUCUAGAAGGUUAGGAAUCCACCCAUGACCUGCGUAGUAACUGUGUGAUCAGUGCAGUGCAAGUCUCUCUGGAUGGAAUCUUCAAUGUGACUAACUGGGUCCUACUUUUAAUGGUUGCUGCUGGCGAAUACAUUCCGUUGUCGAAGGAAGAAAACACUCUGUUGCUGAGAAUGGAAACAGUGUUAACCAAGGAAGAAUGUAUGCGUAUGGACAGAGCCCGGAAUGUAAAAUAGUUUGCACUAACUGUGGUGUAAUACCAAGUUCCUACAAGUCCUGUAUGUUGCUCCCCUUUUUUUUCUCUCUUUGUUUAUAGUUAACCUUCUAUCUCCGUUCCUCGUCCUCUGCAUCUCCCUUUCUCAGUUUCUGUGUCUUUUUUUUCUUUUGCCCCUACUUGCUUGUGGUAUCCUCUGAAGGAAUGAAGUUGGCAACCUCCCAAUAUUUGAAGGAGGAAGAUAAGAUUUUCAGUGUAUUAUUCUCAACUAAUAAGAGUUUUACUUGGGAAAAGCAAAAAGUUCGUCCCCAACUCAAUUUCCACGUUCCCCGUGUCCUUUUGGCUUUGGCUUGUCUGCGUGACUGCGUACCUGGAAGUAA